AUGAGUUCGGGUGAUUGGGAUGAAGUUAAAAGAUUAGCCGCUGACUUUCAAAAGGCUCAACUCAGUUCUACAUUAUUAAAGUUAUCUGAAAGAAAUUGUGUUGAAAUAAUAACAAAGUUAAUAGAAACAAAUUUAUUGAGUGUUCUAUUUACAGCUGAUGGAAAAGAAUACAUAACACCACAACAUCUUGAAAAAGAAAUAAGAGAUGAAUUGUAUAUGAGCGGUGGUAGAAUAGAUUUAGUUAAACUAACAAAAAUAUUAAAUGUUGACUUUACUCAAGUAUCUAAAAUAGCCACUGAAAUAGAAAAGCAUGACAAAGGAGUUAGAAUACUUUUGGGUCAGCUGAUAGAUCAAAGUUAUGUCACUAAAAUAGUCACGGAAAUAAAUGAUAAGCUAAACCAAGUUGGUCACAUAAAUAUUGCUGAACUGACGGUUCAUUAUGAUUUACCUGCUGAUUUUUUGCAAUCACUUACUGAGAAAGCUCUGGGUAAAUCCAUUCAAGGGCAGCAGGAUAAGCAGGACCCUAAAUUUUUCUAUACUGACAAUUUUAUUGCACGAAAUAAAUGCAAAAUUCGCGGAGCACUUGCUGCUAUUACGAUUCCUACACCACUGUCUGCUAUUAUUGGUCAAUCUAAUGUUCCUGAGAGAAUUUUUUUCUCUAUUUUUGAUGAUUUACAAAAUACAGGAGAAGCACCAGCAAUAAUUGAUCAAAUAGAUGCCAAUAUUGAAGAAGUUAUCGCUACAAGUUCAUUCGUUGAUAUUUAUCCUCUUAUGCCAUCAGUUUUCUCACCCGAGGAUAUUGAAAUCCUAUUAAAAGACGCGCAAAAACGUUUGAAAAAAAAUUUUCAUAUUUUUGUCACUACCGUCAUUGUUUCAGAGGCCUUUUUACAUAAUUUAAAUAAUAAACUCGAAUCAAUUGCCGAAUUAAAAGCCAAAGAGGCUGUCAAUAGUGGCAAGUGGCUCCAAUACGUUGCUGAGAGUAAGAUAAAAGCUAAUAAAAAUAAUGAUAACAAAUUUGAGAGUAGUAAUAAAAAAGAUGACCGGAGAAAGAAGGCUGCCAGUGGUAAGGCUGGAGGUGGAGCUCAAGGACGAGAGACUAAAACUAAAUCAACUAAGAAAAAAUAUCAUCAGGGAAAAAAUAAUGACAAUGAUUAUGAUAGUGACGAUAAUAAACCCAAAGCUUCUGAUAAAUUUGAAUUGAUAUUAUUUUCAGCGCAAGAUUUGAAGAUAGAACUCAAUAAAUAUGAAAAUUUAUCAGAUAUUGAAGAACUUGUUGAUGAGUUAACUAAUUAUUUCCUUGUGAAGUUGAAUAAAUUAUCAUUUAAAUUAGCUGAGCAAUUUUCCCAAGCUACCAAAACAACAAACUUCAGCGAUGUUGAAGAUAAAUUAAACAUGUUGAUUACAAACAUCCGUAUAUUUGAGAAAGGGAUCAAAUUAAUAGGCAACAAAGAUACUGUUAAUUCAUUGACAAAAUAUUUAAUCAAAACACUGGGUAUUGAUUUUAUAAAUGAGUUACUAAAGUUAGCAGCUGUACAAAAUAUUUUACAGUGUCCGACUAAUUUAACGACAGAGUCACGACAGAAAAUGAUACUUGAAUUGCCUGACGAUAUUAAAACUGAUCUUGAAAAUGUUAACAGAGCUGUCGCAAAAGGCUCCAUUGAAGAUUUGUUAAGUUCUGCUGAUUCGGCGAUGGCCGCCUGUUGCUUGGUACUGAAGAAAUUUGAUAAGAAACGGGAAAAGGCUGUUAUACUUGGUCACAAACAAGCUCUUUUAGAAGAAUUGAAACAAACUGAAGAUCCUGCUUUGGCUCUUCACUUGACAACCAGUAUUUUAUUUACAGCUGCUACUCAGUCUGCUCUUCACAUGUCU